GCCUCACCUCGUCCCCAGGGCAACCGGCCCCACGCCGUCGCCAUAGAGACCCGCGGGCGCCUCCGCCGGCGUCCGCAGGAUGCUCCGCCGGGGCUGCAAGGCGUCUGACCGGCGGAGACACCCGAACGACAGCCUCAGCCGGCAACAGGACCAGGCCCUGAGCAGCAGCAUCUAUCUCCUGCGGGAGAUAGGGCCCACCGGCUUCCUGCUGCGGGAGGAAGAGCCGGAGAACGGGGAUUUCCGAGUAACUAUGCGGUUGUCCCCGGGCCACCAGGGGACACCUCACCCUCACCUCUCAGUCCAGCCGCGUGCUCCACCCCAAACACUGCCCUGGGCGAGAGAAAUAAGAUCGCUAGAAGCGUCUCUUUGUGGGAGGAUCUUGUUGAAAAAAUUCAGGCUUCCAAGGAAUCAUGAAUCUGCUUUCCAGCUAGGUCUUACAGAAGGAGCAAUAAACGACCUGCUGCGCGGGAUACACCAAGUCCAGACUCCGCAGCCCGGAAGGCCCGAGGAUGCUCGUGGGGAAGGAGCUCAGUUCGUCCCGCAGAAGGAAGUGGGUCCCGAGGACAUCUGCUCCAUCUGUCAGGAGGAGCUGCUGGAGAAAAGGCUUCCCAUCACCUUCUGCAGAUUUGGCUGUGGUAAUAACGUGCAUAUAAAGUGCAUGAAGAUCUUGGCUAACUAUCAGAAUAUGACCUCGAGCUCUUCCAUGGUGAAAUGUCCUCUGUGCAGGAAAGAGUUCGCACCAUUAAAAGUCAUCCUGGAAGAAUUCAUAAACUCUAGCAAGCUUAUGGCUACCACUGAGAAAGAACGUUUGGACAAGCACCUUGGAAUUCACUGUAAUCACUGUCAACAAUUUCCGAUAAAGGGGAAAUGCUACAAGUGCACAGAAUGUACUGAAUACCACUUGUGCCAGGGAUGCUUUGAUAGCUGCUGCCAUGCCCCUCAUACCUUUGAAUUUCGUGAGAAGAGAAACCAAGGAUGGAGAUCACUGGAAAAUAAAUCACAUGAAGAUGUAAAAUAUUUGGAUAUUAAAAGUAAGAUAGAAGAAAAGAUGCCACAUUAUCAAGAAAAGCAAGGGCAGAUUUGCACGCCGAAACACGUGGUAAAGUCUCUCCCUCUCUUACUGGUCACGAAGAACAGCAAGCUGCUUGCCCCUGGUUGCCAGUGUCGGCUGUGUUUGAAGCCCUUCCACCUCGGCCAGCACACGAGACUGCUGCCCUGUUCCCACAAGUUUCAUAGAAAAUGCAUUGACAAUUGGUUGUUCUACAAGUGCAAUUCUUGCCCCGUUGAUGGACUGCUCAUUUGUGACCCUUUAAUCUGGAAAAGCACAGCAAUGAAUGGACCAGUGCACAAGCCAACUUCAAAUAUGGGCAUCACUCAUCUGUCAAAGCAGGAAGAACCAAAUCUUCUUAUUCCUGGCACUAAAUUAAUUUUAGGACAAAACAGACCUGGAAUUUUACCAAGCAUUCCUCAGAGUAAUUCUGAAAAACUGAAUACACUUCACAGUCCAACAAAUACCUAUCAGGAUAUCACUAUAGAUGAUCUGUGCUCUGUUAAAUUAGAUGAUUCCAAGUCAAGAAAGCUACUCUAUGAAUACAAAAUUAGCCAACAUUUCCCCAGGUAUCUUCAGGAUCUGCCCACUGGACCACCUCAGACAUUUCUCCCUUCCAUUGCUUGUAAGAAUAUUAGCUGUCACACUGACAUGGAAAGCACUUAUGGUCCCAAAAACCCCAGCAGGCUGAGUGGAAAGGUGACUAAAGUCUUUCAACACACGAACCAUAACCGAAAGAGGACUCACGUGCCUAAACACAGAGAAGACAACAGAUCAAAUGUUUUAUUUAAAGAGGAUUUAAAUCUUAUUGUUAAUGGGGCUAUGAAUAAUCUUAGUGUGUCUAAAAGGUGUAACAAUUAUAAGGGAAAAAUUAGACAAAAAUGUAGUCAUCUAUCAAGGCAACCUUUGUCUUACCCUUCAAAUACAAAAAGUACUGCACUAUCUUUAAUAAUGGAAGGGGUUCAAUUGUGAAAAGUAUUUUUGAUAACUAUCAAAGUAUUUGGAUAUUGAAUAUAAAAAUAUUUUAUUUUUAGAACAUAAAAGACUUGUACACUCCAUAAAUGCA